AUGACAACAGGAACCGACAUUUUGGAGGAGCUAAGGGAUAUUUUGAUCCCGAAAAGCACGAUUAAAAGUCUCAUGAAAAGCAGUUUAUUUGAAUUGGAACAAAGAUUACAAGAAAGUAGCAUAUCCAUGAUACCCAGUGGCAGUGACCGCCCUUUCAAGAACCCCAAAAAUGAAAAUGAUACUUUUUAUUUGGCAAUUGAUUUCGGUGGCAGUACCUUGAAAGUUGGAGUUGUCUCUCCUGGUAGCUUAGAAGUCAGUCAUAUUCGAACUACUCCCUAUGUUUCCAACGUGGUGGAUUUGAAGUUCUUCCAACAACUUGUCAACUGGAUUUGCCAAGAAAUUGCACACUACAUCAAGGUUUCUAAAGCAAAUGAUUGCUCAAUUUUUCACGUGAGUACAACAUUUAGCUUUCCUCUUAAUGCUUUCGAUGAAAUUACAACCAUGGGUAAGGGAUUUAUUAUGACAGAUGAUAUCAAGAAUGUGAGCCUAUCGGAAAUACUUGAAAGCUCUUUCAAAACCGCACUUGCCCACAAGGAAUUCACAUUUGAUGUAAAAGUCCAUGGUAUAGUUAAUGAUAGUAUCGCAGUCUAUUUGACUAACAGAGCUACACAUCGCGAUAGCUAUCUAUCUUUGGUAUUAGGAACCGGCAUAAACUCAUGUUUCCCCUUGAGCACCGAGAAAUUACCACCGUUCAAGAAGUCAGCUUAUCUGCAAAACGUCCUUAUUAAUUCAGAAAUUGGGUUUCUGGGUCAUAAUUUUAUUCAACUAUGUCAGCAUGACCCUGAGCAACUAGAUUCUCAACCGUUUAUGCCCCUUGAAUACGUUACGGGAGGGAAAUGGAUUCCACUUACUCUAAAGAAAAUACUUGAAUAUUAUCAACUAUUACCCAACACUCUACUCGAAUUUGAUGGUAAUCUCAUUUGCCAGAUACUGGAGGGAACGAUGUCAAAUGUGUUUAAAUCACAUUUCGUGCUCGUAAAGCAGAUCACGCAACUUCUAAUCGAACGAGCUGCUAUGUAUUUGGCCGCAGUAUUGCUUAGUAUUGCUGUAUUUAUAGGCAAGCAGCAAAAAGUUCUGAAUGUUGGCUAUGUUGGGUCAUUCCUCAAACACUGUGAAUAUUACCGAUCACAAACAAAGCUUUUCACUUCCGGCUUCCUGCAGCUAGAAUUUCUUGAAAACAGUAACUUAAUUGGUGCGACAAUAAGUACGUGGCAAGAUCUUCAUGAGUUGGAUGACCAGAUAUCAUAA